AUGGUCACAGAAAAUGGAAGCUCGAGAUACCCGCCUCCCAUUGAGGAAUCUGAUCUGCGCGGCCGCCGAAAGAUUGCCCAAUCCUCACGUUUAGAUCCUCUGAGGAUUGAUCCACGCGCACCGCGAACCGCCAGAUCGACCCCCAGAUCAUCACCGCGCUCCCCUAACUCAACCUACACCUACGACCCGCGCUCACGUUCUCCCGCUCCCUCUGCAGCUUACACGGUCCCGGAUGACCGACCGUGGCUUCCAAUGUCUCUCCGGGCAGGCUCCCCGCAGGAGAUUCCAGAUGACUGGAGGGCGCAGAGAUCCAUGGAGUACGCUCCUAUACCAUCACCCGACCGACAACCCACAAGAUACUACCCUCGCGAUAACGAACCGGACUGGCCGCCGCCCCCUCGCAAGGCCCCGCCGGCCAGGGGCGGUCUGCGCAUAUCCAUGUCGACAUCCAGAUUGAACGGCAGGCGACCGCGGUUGCAGCAAUCCCCAGACCGACGCCAAGAAGCCAACCCCCAUGGCCUACCACUACCCCGUUUCCCAUCCAAGGGACCUAUGGAUAAUAAUAACACCCUCCGAACCAGCUUCAACUCAGCCAUGACCUCCCGGUCUAGCAUUGAACAACACAGUGGUACGGAGCGCAGCAGUGUUCUCACCAAGAGCAGCUCCAUCACCGACCUGUCCCCAGAUACCCCUGAUGCCCCUUAUGGCAUGGAUGGGGGCAUGAGCGUGGAGGAUGCAAUCUCCAUGUACCUUGACGGCUUCAGCGAUGUCACAGAAGAGCCCGGAUCCCCCAUGUCUCGGUCUGACAGCAAGGCCCCAUCAUUGACACCGCCCCCAUCCCGGGAUACACAUUUAGAUGGAAUCCCGCCCCCGAAGCCAAUUGUUGAGGAUAUUCCUCCCAUUCCACCACUUCCAAUGUCAAGUUUGCCAGAACCGGCGUACCUGGAAUCCAGAACCCAUGACCCGGCAUCCUCUCAACUCUCUGACUCUUUCUUCCCUAAAUCCGAACCCGAACCCACGCCAUUCGAAGAGAUAGAGCAACCGCCUCCCCUCUCAAUGUCCGAACCACUUACACCCCCGGCGUCAGAUCAAUCCUCAACCAUCCAAUCUGUUCACAAACGACAACAAUCAAAAAUAUUUAUCCCCGGCCCGGUCCCUCCACCGCUCAAUUCUGGAAAUGAGACAAGAGACGAUUAUGGGUUUCGGAAAGCAACCCAGUACGUGACUCGGGAGCAGUAUGAGGCCUGGAAUGGCCCAUAUUCAAAUUAUACCGCCCAUCGGAGACAAAAAUGGCAUGCCAUGCUCCAGGAGCAUGGCCUUCCAACUAAAAACCCAAGCACAUUUCCGGCACAAUCGAACAAAGUCAAGCGCUUUGUACGAAAGGGCAUCCCCGCGGAAUAUCGGGGCGCAGCGUGGUUUUGGUAUGCCGGUGGAUGGGAACUAAUGAAUUCCAAUGUUGGUCUGUAUGACCAGCUCGUGAAAGAAGUAAUGGCGUCGCCAAGCAAUGAUGACAAGGAGCACAUUGAGCGUGACCUCCACCGAACAUUCCCUGACAACCUCCAUUUCAAACCUGAGUUUGUUGAUGCCGUUGAGCAGGCUGGAAGUGGAAACCCAACGGAGACGCAAAUGAUACAAUCUCUUCGCCGUGUAUUAUAUGCCUUUGCCCUCCACAAUCCCAAAAUCGGCUAUACCCAAUCACUCAACUUCAUCACCGGCAUGCUUCUUCUGUUUAUGACAGAAGAGAAAGCAUUCUGGAUGCUGCACAUUGUGACAUCACAAUGCUUGCCUGGUACACAUGAGAUCAGUCUGGAAGGUGCGAACAUCGAUCUUUGGAUAUUGAUGGUUUUGCUCCGGGACACGAUGCCGGGCAUCUACGCCAAGAUUUCCAGCAUGGGAGGAAACCCAUCUGGUCGAAAAACCCCCCCACUCAAUGUGCACUCAAGUUUACCAGACAUCACUCUGGGCCUGACUAACUGGCUUAUGUCGGUAUUUAUCGGAACACUCCCUCUAGAAACCACUAUGCGGGUCUGGGAUAUUUUCUUCUAUGAGGGUUCCAAAACAUUCUUUCGUGUUUCGUUGGGAAUUUUCAAAUCAUGCGAGCGGGAUAUCCUGGCGGUGUCCGAUCCCAUGGAGGUAUUCCAAGUGGUGCAAACCGUGCCCAAAAAAAUCCUGGAUGUCAACACUUUGCUGGAUGACUGCUUCUUGCGAAAGCAUCGAGUGGGACAAGGUCGAAUCGAGGAACUGAGAGCUGCGCGCCGCACCGCUGUUCGUCAAGAGAAGAUGCGACGGUCUAUUGCUUUCAGUAAGGGCGAACUCAAGGCAGCCGAUGACAUCCCUGCUCGUCGUCGGAACAACCAACCGAGCAUUGAGCACCGGGUCGUUGACUCCUGGCGCAAUCUGAAGCACCAUGCAUUUCGAUAG